ACAUUCAUACAUUUUAUUGUCAAAAAUGUCUUGGCAAACUUACGUAGAUGAACAUUUGAUGUGUGAGAUUGAGGGCAGUGGCAAUCAUCUCACCUCUGCUGCAAUUCUUGGCCUCGACGGUACCGUUUGGGCUCAAAGCGCUAACUUUCCUCAGUUUAAGCCGGAGGAGAUGAAAGCCAUCAUUAAUGAGUUCAAUGAAGCAGGAACCCUUGCUCCCACGGGUUUAUUCCUCGGAGGUGCAAAGUACAUGGUAAUCCAAGGAGAGCCUGGAGCUGUCAUCCGUGGAAAGAAGGGAGCAGGAGGAAUAUGCAUCAAGAAAACUGGGCAAGCCAUGGUGAUGGGAAUCUAUGAUGAGCCAGUAGCUCCUGGACAAUGCAACAUGAUUGUGGAGAGGUUGGGCGAUUAUCUUGUUGAUCAGGGCAUGUAGACACCUCCUCAUUAUCCAACAUUUACCCCAUAUGUCAUAACACUUUUCUUUCUUCAACCUUCAAAGAAUGUGAACUAGUUUUUUUAUUUAUAGUCUUCAUAUGAGUAUAUAAACAAUCCAAUAUGUUGUUUCCGGAGUUUUUAUCUCCAAUUCCUCGUUAUAUGAUAUUUCAUCGACUACA